UCUCAUUAAAAUAUUCGAAUCUAUAGUAAUCCGAUCUACUUUACCCUUUAAUAAACAUUAUUUAAAUUUUUCUUAAAAUAAGUUAUCGAUUUUACGAUUUAUAAGUGGGACAUAAAAAUAAAGAGAAGAAGUAAUUUAGUAAUUAGAGACGUCUUAUAUUACACUUACACUCAACAGAACUACCAUAGAACAAAUACAGUAGUGAUUGAUCACCGGUCACCGGUGAUUGCAGUGACCGUUGUCACUCGUCGUCAUCGCCCGCUGAUAAAAUAUACAAUAUAAUAUUCGUUAUCGCUAUACCGCUGUUAUCAGACGAUUUGAUGGAAACAUUGGAAACAUUGGUAUUGACACAGUACACACCUUUGACUUUACAUUAUUAUAAUUAUUAUUGUGUAUCGUAUUUACUAUUAACUAUUUAAUUACAUUUUAUAACUUAGUAUUUACUACCACGCCUUGUGCAAACGUCACAAUCUGAGUCUAGUGAAGCUCUAACACCUGAGCUAUACCCCAAAGCAGAACUUCACAAUUACCUGAGCCAACUUGAAUCCGCGUAGUCCAUGGAUAACGAAAUUUCUGCAGCCGAGUCUAUCGGUACCACUGUCCUAGACUUGGCAUUGAACCGUUCAGAAGCCGUAACGACAGAUUACUCGCCGGACGAUGAAGACCUGGAUGAGGCGGCCGCUGCUGCCGUCGCCGCAUCAGAGGCUACUCGUGACACACUGGCUGACGGUCUGGUUGCCAGUUUGCUCAGGCCGUGUGUUGACCGUUUGGACGCAUCUGUCCAGUGUACUAGACUGAGCCAACUUGACCUGAAACUACAGCUUGACUCGUUGGCUUCCGAGCUCAAACGUCUGUCGUUGGCACAGCAUGACUACUUGUUUGCUACAACUUCAAUGUCAUCAACGCAGUUGCCAGUCUCUGCUGACAAGACCAUUACAUCUACAGUGACUACUACGACAAAAAACGCCACUGACACAUGUAUCUUACUAGAUGGGUAUGCUCGUAGAUUGUGUGACGCACGUGCCAAGAUAGCCGUUGUAGGAAAUAUACUGGAAUCUACUCAGGAACGCUUGCGAGCGCUUUCUCACCGAAUAGGUCGUGAGCACAACAACCGUCGAUCACUCCUAGAGCCCCAAGCUGUGGUAAUUGAUGUAGCAGAUGAGCUGGAAUUGGAGGAAGAAAUUGAAAAGGUAAAUGAUGAUGUAGGAGAGAUAAACGAUAACAAAGAGGAAGUUCAGCCAAAUAAGAACCUCACAGAUUCUAAUGAGGACAACAAGGAAGAACAACAACCUGAAGAAGAUGCUACAGUGAUAGAAACAUCACCGGAAGCAACAGAAAUACCAAAAAAGUCAUGAUGAACCAUAAGUUAUACUGGUUCAAUGGUGUCUAGGCAGAUGUAAUGCUUUGUGACUUGCUGGCGUUGAUGCAGCAGCCUAAAUUUGCUAUUAUCAAUGGAAACCACUAUUCUAAAUACUUCAUGAAUUAUUACUGGGAAUUAAGUUUGGUGGAAGCCUCGUGAGCAAGUCCCUGGCAUGGUGCUAGCUCUGGGGCCAUAAUAUACCCUGCGAUUCAUUAGCCGUCUACCAGCUGAACCAGCAUCUAGGAUUACACUACAGCAAUUCUGCAGUUGUUUUAUUAACAUUCCAAUAUGUAUUAUUGUUCUUACCAUAAUAUGUGAAACAUAAUUCAUUGCAAACAUUGUACAUAUUGCAUCAUGUGCAUAAAUAAUGUGUAAAACAUUAUGUUGUUUUUUUUUCAACAUAUCUGUUAUUAUAUAAAUUUAUUUGUAUAACUAUGACACCAUUGGAUUUGAUUUUAUUGAUACAAAAUUAAUCAGAGUUGGUCUUCAUUAUAUUUGAACUCUGGGCU